AUGGUAGCUGCUAAAAAGAGAUAUGUUAAAAAGUUUAACUUCGAAAUUGAUUUGAAUAGUGAAAUCGAAAAUCAAAUUAGGUCAAACGUAAUAUCAGAUAGAGAGCAAAUUACAGAAAAAUAUAAGCAAAAAUGGAAAAAAAAAAUAAGAAGACGCAUUAAAAUGGAAGAUAAAAUUUCAAAUUUUGUUUUCCCAAAUUCAAAAAAGGAAAAACAAUUGAGACUAAACUAUAUAAAUAAAUUUAUUAAAAAAAAAAAAUUAAUCCGAAAAUAUUUGAAAGAAAUAAAGGAAAAGGUUAAAAAAAUGAAGAAUAUUAUAAAUGAUGAAGCCGUGAAGCAGUAA